AGAAAAGGCAUCCGUUCUAUCUGAAAUCUCUUUCCCGGAUCGAUAUUGCUCUUAUAAAAUUUUAAGCGUUCAAAGUGAUCUCAAGCUCUAAACUGAGCAAACGGCAGUGGCUGUAGUGGCGGUGGCGGAAAUGGGUUCAUCUGAGCCAGAAAACGGUUGCGACGUCGCGAUAAUCGGCGGUGGGAUCGGAGGACUCGCCACCGCUCUCGCUCUUCACAGGAAGGGGUUUCAAAAUGUAGCCGUUUAUGAAAAAUCGAACAGUCUGCGAGCAGAGGGAACAGCAAUUGGGAUCUUCGCAAACGGGUGGCGGGCACUUGAUCAACUUGGUGUUGGAGAUCAGCUCAGAGACAAGGCUGUUCUUAUUCAAGGUGGACAAGAAAUACUAUUUGAUCAAGACCAGCCUCAAAACAUGCCUUAUCCAGCUGGGGAAGCUCGUUGCGUGAAAAGGAGUGAUUUGACAAACGCCCUUGCGAAUGCAUUGCCUCCUGAUACUGUUCGAUUUGGAUUCAACCUUGUUUCUUUGGAAAUGGAUAAUCAAAGUAUGACCCCGGUUCUUCAGUUUGAUGAUGGCAAAACUCUUACAGCUAAGGUUGUAAUUGGAUGUGAUGGAUCAAAUUCUGUAGUAGCCAGCUUUCUUGGGUUAAAAGCUGCAACAUUAGUUUCUCUUGGUUCAGUCAGAGGUUUGGCAAAUUAUCCAGAUGGUCAUCAGUUCCCUCCUCUGUUUACCCGAAUAAAGAGAGACCAGGGAGAUGGAAUGGUGUUUGGUCUAAUACCUAUUGAUGAUAAGUUGGUGUAUUGGUUCCUUACCCUACCAUUACCGCUGUUAGAUGGAAAAUUUCGAGAUGACCCAGAACUUAUCAAAGAUGCAACCUUAAGGAUGAUAAACGGUUAUCCAGCUGAUGCAAUAGAAAUGGUAGAGAAAAGUGAUUUAGACUCGUUGUCCUUCACACGCUUGAGAUACCGUCAUCCAUGGGAGAUCCUGGUUGGUGGAUUUCGCAAAGGAUCGGUUGCUUUAGUAGGGGAUGCAAUGCAUGUUAUGGGUCCAUUUAUAGGGCAAGGUGGUUCGGCAUCCUUGGAAGAUGCAGUGGUUCUUGCAAGAAACAUGGCACAGAAGAUUGACAUCUUGGAUCGAUGUGGAGUAGGAACACAGAUCAUGAGUCAUAAGAAGAUUGAGGAGGCAUUUGAUCAAUAUGUGAAGGAUAGGAGGAUGAGGAUCUUCCAACUGUCAACACAAACUUAUCUAGUUGGUUUGCUCUUGGGAAGAACAUCAUUUGCGACUAAAUUCAUCGCUGUGAAAAUAUUGCACAUCUUCUUCAGGGAUCCUAGUGGACAUACCAAAUAUGAUUGUGGCAAAUUGUAACAAUUGGUGUCUUCUUCAUUUGGGUCUAAUACAAACUAAUGUAUGCAUUCCUUUGUUAAGUUUAUGCUUUACAACCUAAUUUAGCAUGAAUUCGUUGCUCUUUGCG